AAGGCCAAAUUGGGCUUAAGUUGUUUGAGGACUUUCAUCAAACCUAUGGCAGCAGUUCUUGAAGUAGAAGAUGAUGUCUUUUUUGCAGAUUUAAGCCACCAAAUCUCCCUCCUUCUCAUGGAUGAUGAUGAAGAAUCACUUUCUCAUUGUUCAUCUGUUAAUUCACAGGCCUCAACUCAAGCAAUUGCCUCAGCUACACAAACAUCAUAUGAUCAGACAAGCAGAAGAGGAAGCAAAGGGACUGGUGUUUUCAUACCUCGUUCUUUGCAUUAUACCAGGAAUAAGAGACAAGGAAGAUACACAGCUAAUUCUAGGAUUAACUUCCAAAGAGAUUCUGAUAGUUCAAGGGGGCUUCGUCAUGUUGCUAAUUACACCAAUAAAAAUUCGAUGUACGAUCCAUUUUACCGUAUAAGAUUUUGAAGAAAGGAAAAAUUCUGAAUUUACAGAUUUAUGUACAAAGAAAAAUAUUAUGUUUGUUAUGGAGAGGUUUCACCAUAGGUUUGUCCCUCUCCUGUAAUUCAAUUGUAAGAUUGUGUAGUGUAAAUUUGUCAUGAUUACUCAAUGCAGCAGAUCUUAUUUA